GCUUCGCGCCAGCAACCCACGCCGCAGUGUGUUCUGUGGACGGCACCUUCCCAGACAGCCCGGCAGAAACGCAGCUCGGCGCCCCCAGCCUUGGACGCGAUGUUCCGCAGGAGCUUUAAUCGCUUUUGUGCUGGAGAAGAGAAACGAAUUGGUACACGCACGGUGUUUGUUGGCAAUCAUCCAGUUUCAGUAGCAGAAGAUUACGUUGCACAAAGAUUUUGUGAUAAUAGGAUAGUCUCAUCUAAGUAUACACUUUGGAAUUUUCUCCCAAAGAAUCUGUUUGAACAGUUUAGAAGAAUUGCAAAUUUUUAUUUUCUCAUAAUUUUCCUUGUACAGGUCACAGUAGAUACACCAACUAGCCCAGUUACCAGUGGACUUCCACUUUUCUUUGUUAUAACUGUUACAGCCAUCAAGCAGGGAUAUGAGGAUUGGCUGAGACACAGAGCUGACAAUGAAGUCAACAAGAGACAUGUUUACAUUAUUGAAAAUGCAAAGCGAGUUAGAAAAGAGAGUGAAAAGAUCAAGGUUGGUGAUGUAGUAGAAGUACAGGCAGAUGAAACUUUUCCCUGUGAUCUUAUUCUUCUAUCAUCCUGCACUAGUGAUGGAACCUGUUAUGUUACUACAGCCAGUCUUGAUGGGGAAUCCAAUUGCAAGACACAUUAUGCAGUACGUGAUACCAUUGAACUAUGUACAGCUGAAUCCAUUGAUACCCUCCGAGCAGCGAUUGAAUGUGAACAGCCACAACCUGACCUCUACAAGUCUUUGGGACCUGAAAAUCUCUUGUUGAAAGGAGCUACACUGAAAAAUACCAAGAAGAUAUAUGGAGUUGCUGUUUACACUGGGAUGGAAACCAAAAUGGCUUUGAACUACCAAGGGAAAUCUCAAAAACGUUCUGCUGUUGAAAAGUCUAUUAAUCUCUUCUUGAUUGUGUAUUUAUUUAUCUUACUGACCAAAGCUGCAGUAUGCACUAUUCUAAAGUAUAUUUGGCAAAAUACCCCAUAUAAUGAUGAACCUUGGUAUAACCAAAAGACCCAGAAAGAGCGGGAUACUUUGAAGGUUUUGAAAAUGUUCACCGACUUCCUAUCAUUUAUGGUUCUGUUCAACUUUAUCAUUCCUGUCUCCAUGUAUGUCACAGUAGAAAUGCAGAAAUUCUUGGGCUCCUUCUUUAUUUCAUGGGAUAAAGACUUUUAUGAUGAAGAAAUUAAUGAAGGAGCCCUGGUUAACACAUCAGACCUUAAUGAAGAACUUGGUCAGGUGGACUAUGUAUUUACAGAUAAAACUGGAACACUCACUGAAAACAGCAUGGAAUUCAUUGAAUGCUGCAUAGAUGGGCACAAGUAUAAAGGUGUAACUCAGGAAACUGAUGGACUCUCUCAAACUGAUGGACCUUUAACAUAUUUUGAUAAAGCAGAUAAGAAUCGAGAAGAGCUCUUUCUGCGUGCCUUGUGUUUAUGCCAUACUGUAGAAAUUAAAGUAAAUGAUGCUGUUGAUGGAGCUACAGAAUCAGCUGAAUUAACCUAUGUGGCCUCUUCACCAGAUGAAAUAGCUUUGGUGAAAGGAGCUAAAAAGUAUGGGUUCACAUUUUUAGGAACUCAGAAUGGCCAUAUCAGAAUAGAGAACCAAAGACAAGAAAUAGAAGAGUAUGAACUUCUUCACACCUUAAACUUUGAUUCUGUCCGUCGUCGUAUGAGUGUUAUUGUGCAGACUAAAGAAGGAGGCAUACUUCUCUUUUGUAAAGGUGCCGACUCAGCAAUUUUCCCCAGGGUGCAUAAUCAUAACAUUGAGUCAACCAAAGCCCAUGUGGAACGAACUUCAAUGGAUGGGUAUCGGACACUUUGUGUAGCCUUCAAAGAAAUUCCUCCAGAUGAUUAUGAAAGAAUUGACAGACAGCUCGUAGAGGCAAAAAUGGCCUUACAACAGAGAGAAGAAAAAUUGGAAACGAUUUUUGAUGAUAUUGAGACAAACAUGAAUUUAAUUGGAGCCACUGCAGUGGAAGACAAGCUACAAGAUCAAGCAGCUGAGACCAUUGAAGCUCUGCAUGCAGCAGGUCUGAAAGUCUGGGUGCUUACUGGGGAUAAGAUGGAGACAGCCAAAUCUACCUGCUAUGCCUGCCGCCUUUUCCAAACCAGCACUGAGCUCUUAGAAUUGACCACAAAAACCAUUGAAGAAAGUGAAAGGAAAGAAGAUCGAUUACAUGAAUUGUUGAUAGAAUACCGUAAGAAGUUGCUCCAUGAAUUUCCUAAAAGUACUAGAAGCCUUAAAAAAGCAUGGACAGAACAACAGGAAUAUGGAUUAAUCAUUGAUGGCUCCACAUUAUCACUCAUAUUAAAUUCUAAUCAUGACUCCAGUUCUAACAAUUACAAAAGCAUUUUCGUACAGAUUUGUAUGAAGUGCACUGCAGUGCUCUGCUGCCGGAUGGCACCAUUGCAGAAAGCACAGAUUGUCAGAAUGGUGAAGAAUUUAAAAGGGAGCCCAAUAACACUGUCGAUAGGUGAUGGUGCCAAUGAUGUUAGUAUGAUCUUGGAAUCCCAUGUGGGAAUAGGUAUUAAAGGCAAAGAAGGUCGCCAAGCAUCCAGAAAUAGCGAUUAUUCUGUUCCAAAGUUUAAACAUUUAAAGAAAUUGCUAUUGGGUCAUGGACAUCUAUAUUAUGUGAGAAUAGCACACCUUGUACAGUAUUUCUUCUAUAAGAACCUUUGUUUCAUUUUGCCACAAUUUUUGUACCAGUUCUUCUGCGGAUUCUCACAACAGCCACUGUAUGAUGCUGCUUACCUUACAAUGUACAAUAUCUGCUUCACAUCCUUGCCCAUCCUAGCCUACAGUCUACUGGAACAGCACGUCAACAUUGACACUCUGACUUCAGAUCCACGAUUGUAUAUGAAAAUUUCUGGCAAUGCCAUGCUGCAGUGGGGCCCCUUCUUAUAUUGGACAUUUCUGGCUGCAUUUGAAGGGAUAGUAUUCUUCUUUGGGACUUAUUUUCUUUUUCAGAAUUCAUCCCUAGAAGAAAAUGCAAAGGUGUAUGGAAACUGGACUUUUGGAACCGUUGUUUUUACAAUCUUAGUAUUCACUGUAACUCUGAAGCUUGCCUUGGAUACUCGUUUCUGGACAUGGAUAAAUCACUUUGUGAUAUGGGGUUCUUUAGCCUUUUAUGUAUUUUUCUCAUUCUUCUGGGGAGGAAUUAUUUGGCCUUUUCUCAAACAACAGAGAAUGUAUUUUGUAUUUGCUCAAAUGCUGUCUUCUGUAUCCACAUGGUUGGCCAUAGUUCUUCUAAUAUUUAUCAGCCUUUUCCCUGAGAUUCUCCUGAUAGUAUUAAAGAAUGUAAGAAGAAGAAGUGCCAGGGAACAUCUACUAUCUUCAUGCUUUCUCAAACUUCCAGCAAUCACAGUUUCUCUUGGAGUGAAUAAGAAUCAGAAUCUUGAACUGCCUAUGUUAUUGUCCUACAAGCAUAUUGACAGUGGUUACAGCUAGAAAAGAAAGCAUGAAGAAACAACUACAAAAAGUUAAUCAUCUCAGGAUACUCGAUAUGCAACAAACUAAACAACUCUCUUAUGUCUAGGGUUCAGAAUAAAUGUCCAUUAAAAUACCAAAUGACUAUUGUAAGCAUUUACAGUUAUUGUAAGUAGCCAUUAUGGCCAAAGCUCUAUGUUACAAAUUAUAUGAAAGUUGAAAGCAAGAAUAUUUACAAUUACUGGCUUUAGAUAGAAUAAUAUAAUUACCAAGUGGGUGUUCUUUUAACCCAUGAAUUUUGUGAAUGGAUUUAAAUAGAAUAGUAUAAAAUAGAAGUCAUGCAAUGGGAAUGAAUAGAUUUUGCUAAUAUUUUUUUUUCUGCCUGGUGGAAGAAAUCAGCUCUUUGGAUCACACUUCUUGUUCCUGCUGAAUGAUGAUCUACCUUAAAUUAUUUUUUCAACACAUGAAAGGAAUACUUGAAAGUAUAAGAAGACUAAAUGAUAUCAAUGCAUCAGAUAGAAUAGUUAAUCUUUUCUGUUUACCCACAUGCUAAUUUUGUCUUGAUAGAAUGUCCUUGUCAAGAAAUGAACUCUUACGUGGAAAUAGUGUUAGCCCUGGGUGUUUUCCUGAGAAUAAAAAUUUUUUUUAUUUAAUUUUAUUUUUGUUCUUCUGAAUAAACCCCAAGUAUUGGGUGUUUGGCUACUAGCUUUGAAAAUAAAACAUUUCCAAUCACUUAGUAGCCCCUCAAAAUAGUUCAGAUAUAACAUAUUUUUCCCAUAUUUUACUAGGAUCUGAGGUAAGGUGGGCCAAACCACAGUUAUAUAAAAGUAAAGGGCAUUCUGAACAUCAGUCUUUUAUGACUUUGUGUAGAGAGGAAAUAAGAAUAGCUUAUUUCAAACUUAAUGGUUUUUAUUUGAAAGAGGCUACACAUAUGCAUACAUGCAGCACUUUUUUUUUAACUUGCCAAUUUGGGAGGGAAGGAUCCAUCCCAGGAUGGUGUUUCAGCCGGCAAAGCCAUAACUGAACAUAUAUGCUGUCUCUCUUAGCAAAGUUGAAUGGGUAAUGGUCUAACACUAAAUCAUGAGAUUCACAUUGGUAAAGUCCUCAACUUACUGGGCUAGAAGGAGAUUUUAUCCUGCUAAUGAAUCCACUUAAAACGUAAAAAUUGAAAUAUCUUUAUUACAUGGUAAAAUUAAACAUAUUUGGGGAGAUAUAAAUAACUUCAUUUGACAACUCAAUUAAAAUGGUCUUUUAAAAAGUGUUUUCAUACCAGUUUCCAUUUUUGGAUGUCUUUUCUGACAUGCCUGUACUAUUAUUAGUGUUAUAUUGUACCUUUUUGGAAAAGUAUUUGAUUCAAUCUGUACCAAUCUAUUUAUAUAGUCCAGAUGGCACAUUUGAUUCUUCCAUGUAUAUUUUGUAUUAAUAUUUAGGUGUAAUUUUUCUUAACUUCUAGAAGGACAUAUUUCACUUAUCAGAACCAUUCCAUCAUUACAUUUCAUUAUUUUCUUUGUUGUCAUCUCUCAGUAUUAUUUUUGAGUAUUUUCUUAGGUGUCAUUCACACCUUACCUGGUAGCCUGUAUUUGAGGUAGUCUGCUGAAAAGUCAUAUAUUCUUUCCCUAUUCCAGAGAGCCAAAAACUCAGACCCAGGAAAGCUUAUGAUUUUUUUUUUAAGAAGUACUUUUUAAAAAACAUUUUAAAAUUGAUUUUUUUUUUUUUAGAGAGAGAGGAAGGGAAAUGGAGGGAGGGAAAAGAGAGGGGAGAGAGAGAGAGAAGAGGAGAGAAACAUUGAUGUGAGAGCAAGACAUUGAUCCGCUGCCUCCUGCAUGCCCCCUACUGGGGAUCAAACCCAGGCACAGGUCCUGACCGGAAUCAAACCGGCAACCUUAAGGUGCAUGGGACCAUGCCCCCAACUGAGCCAUAUCGCCAGGGCUUGUUUUUAUAGUUGUUGCUGUAUUGUUAUUGUUUUAUGUAAGAACUAUAGGGACUGUGAAUACAAAUGACAGAGCCACAAUGGAUAAAGAGUCUUGUUUAAUGCAGAACCAUUGGAGAUAUGACAUAAUCAGAAUAUCUGUGGUAGUGGAAAUAUAACUGGUAGCAUAUAAAAUUUAUUGCAGCCUGGAAGAAACAUGAGUAAGGGGGAUUUAGAAUUAUAUCUCAGCUACACAUUACUGCAGUUCAAAUUCACAAAGGCAGUGAUGUUUAAUAUCAUGGUUUAGAUCCUUGAGAGGGACCUGACUUUCCUUUUUGAAAGACAUUUUAUUAAUGAGCUAAAAAAUUGACUAGUGUGGGGUUAACAGAUGGAAUAACUUGAAGUAAGGUAUCCAGUAUGCCCUAUAAUCUAACCACCUUAUUUUGUGACAGAGGAGAAAAUGUAACGCUAGGAUCAUAUUACAUCAUUUGAAUAAUUUUGAACUAUCAAAAUGUCCUUGUAAUUUCACAACUGUUGUCAAUUGUUCGAGGAUGUUACCUACUAAACUGAAAAAAUAAAUUCAAUGCCUACCACAUUUACACCAGCAACAGUAUAAAUGCAAGCAUAAAUUUGCAAAAUUCAUAAUAAUUUAGUGAUGAAAUUUUUAAUAACAUGCAGUAUAUAAAUGCAGAUUUUAUGCAAAUGUUGAUAAAAUCAUUUUUCAGCUUGCAAAAUGGGACUGCAGUAUGACAUUUUUCACUUAAGCAAUUUUUUACAUCUAUGUUGUUGCUUUCUAUAAUGAAUGUGAAUGCCAUCUUUUACGAAUGCAACUUUUUCAUUACAGAAAUUUUGUUUGAUCUAAUCAAUAAACUUUGGUUUAAUAUGAUUGA